AUGUUGAACUCUACGUCUGCCCUCUUCCCUAACGUAUGGACGAGGGUCGUCAGUUCAGUUGUACAUUUUUUCAUACGCGAUGUGGGGCCGCAUGUGAACACUGAGUCAGUUCAACAUUGUGCAUGCACCCUGUCCUUCGUCCUCGCCCGCCGCACGGCAUCUUCCCGUACCUCCUCCCUCACCACUUCCCUCGGCAACUGGCGCAACGUUUCCAUAGCCCGCGUCGCCGUAAUCUGCGCAUUUACGGAUUCCCUUCUUUUUAUCCUUUUUAGUGGUGUCCUUGUCCAUGGCGCUGGGCUAGAGCUGAACAAGACAAGCUGCACGAUGGCAUUCUUUGCUUGUGUUUUCCUCUACGCAAGCUCAAAACUCUUCAUCUACAUUUUCCUGACCGAACGAGUCUGGAUCGUCUGGUCCAACUGGGCCACACCGAAAGAUCCCUCCCGUCCACCAUCGCGCUGGAGAUCUCCCAUCUAUCUCCUCUGCGUGUUCUCCCUAGCGUUGUACGCGAGCUGUCCAGUCCUCGCCCUCAAAUACCCUGUAAGGCACACAGAACAUUUGUGCUAUAUUGGACUGCAAAGGCCGUCCAGUCUACUCCUUCUCAGCUAUGAUGUUUACAUCACUGUAUUACUCACCUCACUAUUCAUUUAUCCCUUGGCGAGGGAUAAAAUCAUUUCUCCUCAACUCCGGCGUGUUGCCUCUCGUACUCUCAUCGCAUCCCUCGUGGCUCUUGUCACUUCGGCCUUAAACGUUACCGUGCUAACUAUCCUCCAGGGCACAGAACGCGGUUGGAUAUGCAUCACAUCGUGUGGUUCAGAUGUCUGCGUCAACGCACUGGUGGUAUAUAGCGUCACAGAAGUAGGCAGACGUAGUAAAGCUGUUACGGCAUCUGUUAUAAAGCAGGAAGAGAGUAUAGGUGGGAAUGGAAGACGCAGGAGGGUAAGACAGAGAUGGAAAGCUGUUGAGGCCGCCGUCAGGAAGAGAGCGGGUCGGAGAAGGGCCAGUGGGAGUGGAGGCGCCGUUGAUGCGGAGGCGGAACGGGUGGGAAGUGGGAGAAGGCAUGUCUCUUUUGAAUCGGCAGGACAAAUAUCGUCAUUCCCGAGAUCAUGGUUUUCGAGGGGCAUUCGGACCAGUGAUGCACGCCGUGCGUUCUCCAUUACUCGUGGAGAUGCUACGGAUAGCAUCAUCGGUGGGGAAGACGGGAAGAAGAGGAUGGGGGUAGUGCGAGAUGAGGACGAUGCGGAGCGAGGUGCUUGUGAUGAUGUGGUAACUGAGGUAGUUGUUGGCAUGGACGGGGAAAAGAAUGGAGAUAAGCGGGGACGCAAAGGGAAAGGGAAAGGGAAGUGGUCUCAGUGGGAGAGGGCGGAGGUGGUCGAGGAGGGAAGGGACAAGCUAUGCGAAGAAAGAGCAAAGGGUUGA